AUGCUGCUGCAUCCCAUCGGUGCAGCCCGCAGUCGGCAACAGCAGCAGCAGCGUUUGUCGUCUUCUUCGUCGUCGACACUCUCGCCUCCACCUUCUCGCCCUUCGCUCCCACCCACCUCUUCCGCAUCGCUUCCUCGCCUCGCAUCUUGCACCUCCCGUCUCGCAGUCGUCUCUCUCCUCGCAUCACCAUCAAAUACCAUCAAAAUGGCCACCGCAGCCGACGCCGCAGAGGCCAACAUCCAGGUGUGGAAGGUCAAGAAGCUCGUCAAGCAGCUCGAUGCGGCUCGCGGUGCAGGUACCUCGAUGAUCUCGCUCAUCCUCCCACCAAGAUCGCAGAUCUCCCAGGCGACCAACAUGCUCACCCAGGAGUACGGCACCGCCUCCAACAUCAAGUCGCGUGUCAACCGUCUGUCGGUGCUCGCCGCCAUCACCUCCACACAGCAGCGUCUCAAGCUGUACAACCGCGUCCCCGACAACGGCCUCGUGGUCUACUGCGGCACCAUCCUCACAGACGAGGGCAAGGAGAAGAAGGUCAACUUCUCCUUCGAACCCUUCAAGCCCAUCAACACCUCGCUCUACCUCUGCGACAACAAGUUCCACACCGAGGCGCUCAGCGAGCUCCUCGAGGCCGACGCCAAGUUCGGCUUCAUCGUCAUGGACGGCAACGGCUCGCUCUUCGGCACGCUCUCCGGCAACACGCGCACCGUCCUCCAGAAGCUCUCGGUGGACUUGCCAAAGAAGCACGGCCGCGGUGGUCAGUCCGCCCUGCGUUUCGCACGUCUGCGUGAGGAGGCGCGCCACAACUACGUGCGCAAGAUCGCCGAGCUCUCCACGCAGCACUUUAUCACCGACAACAAGUGCAACGUCGCCGGCCUCGUCCUCGCCGGUUCCGCCGACUUCAAGACCGAGCUGAGCCAGUCCGACAUGUUUGACUACCGUCUGCAGCCCAAGAUUGUCAAGAUCGUCGACGUCUCCUACGGCGGCGAGAACGGCUUCAACCAGGCCAUCGAGCUCGCCGCCGAGACGCUCUCCAACGUCAAGUUCGUCCAGGAGAAGAAGCUCAUCCAAAAGUACUUUGACGAGAUCUCCAUGGAGACCGGCAAGUACUGCUUCGGCCUCGACGACACCUUCAAGGCGCUCGACCUGGGUGCCGUCGAGACGCUCAUCGUCUGGGAGAACCUCGACGUGACGCGCUACGUGCUCAAGGACUCGGACGGCUCCCAGCACGUCCUCAUGCUCACCAAGGAGCAGGAGAAGGACCGCACGCGCUUCAUGGACCGCGCCACCGGCGAGGCCAUGGAGCAGGUCGAGGAACCCAUGCCGCUCCUCGAGUGGCUCGCAGAAAACUACCGCCAGUUCGGCACCAACCUCGAAUUCGUCACCGACCGUUCGCAAGAGGGCAUGCAGUUCUGCAAGGGCUUUGGUGGCAUCGGCGGCAUCCUGCGAUACAAGGUCGCCUUCGAGGACAUGGCCGUCUUUGAGGACGAGGACGAGUUCAUGAGCGACGACUCGGACGAUUAA